CUUCCCGCACCAGCCUCCGCCCAAGGAAACUUGUGAAUGAAAAGUGGCUCUUCAGGUGAGCGCUCCUUCUUCUCGAGUGUUUGGAGCUCAAACAGGAUCAGAUGCUCCUCUGUUACAGGAUCGUCUGAGUCAGAGGUCAGAUCGGCUGAUCAGCAGCAGCACGAGGACGACUACGUGUCCCAGAAGUCUUUGAGCAGCAGACUCUCCUGGUCAGCGUUAGGCAGGACUCAGCGGCUGAGGGUCAUGGAGUGUAAGGUCAGACUGCUGGACGGCACAGACUACACCUGCUCCGUCGAGAAAAGAGCGAAAGGUCAGGUGCUGUUCGACAGGGUUUGUGAUCACCUGAAUCUGCUGGAGAAGGACUAUUUCGGCAUUUCGUACCAGGACGCUGAAAACCAGAAGAACUGGCUGGACGUUUCCAAAGAGAUGAAGAAGCAGAUCAGCACUGGUCCCUGGAACUUUGCUUUCAGCGUGAAGUUUUAUCCUCCCGAUCCAACACAGCUCUCCGAGGACAUCACCAGGUAUUAUCUGUGUCUGCAGCUGAGGGAUGACGUGGUUUCUGGACGUUUGCCGUGCUCUUUCUCCACUCACGCAGUGCUGGGCUCCUACACGGUUCAGUCGGAGCUGGGAGACUAUGACUCGGAGCUGCAGGGGUCCGCUCAUCUCAGCGACAUGCGCUUGGCCCCGAACCAGACCAAAGAGCUGGAGGAGAAAGUGCUGGAGCUCCACCGCAGCUGCAAAGGAAUGACUCCUGCUGAAGCUGACAUGCUGUUCCUGGAAAACACAAAGAAACUCUCCAUGUACGGAGUCGACCUGCAUCGUGCCAAGGUAAAAGAGUGUGUGUGUAUCAUACUUUGAUCCAGCUCCAUCCACCUCCACAUAUACAUAAAUAAACUGCGCAUCAAUCGCUUCGCCUGGCCCAAAAUACUCAAGAUCUCCUACAAGAGGAACAACUUCUACAUCAAGGUCCGGCCGGGAGAGCUGGAACAGUUCGAGAGCACCAUCGGGUUCAAACUCCCCAAUCACAAAGCAGCAAAGAGACUCUGGAAAGUCUGCGUGGAGCAUCACACCUUCUUCAGGCUGGUUUCUCCUGAAGCUCCUCCCAAGCGCUUCCUGUCCUUGGGCUCAAAGUUCCGCUACAGCGGCCGAACACAAGCGCAGACGCGGCGGGCGAGCGCUCUGAUCUCACGCGACGCGCCGCAGUUCCAGCGAUCGGCCAGCAGGCAGCACACCGUCACAGCCAGCAUGGACAGCACGCCAGCGACGGUCACCCGUGACGACGAGAAGAACGACAAACCCGCUGUUGCUACGGAUGACCUCAUCGCCAUGGAAACACCGGAGAAGAAAGCAGAGGAGAUGAACUCAGUGGAGGAGGAGAAUAAAGUCAACAGUGACGAAUCGGAACAAGCCCCGCCCCCCUCCGUCACCAAGUCUUGUCUGUAUUCAUCGGAUCCGUUGGGAUCUGAGCUCUCCCUCCCGUCUUCUCCCGUCUCGUCCACCAAAGUGCGCAGGAGACGCAGGGAAAGCAGCCGCAAGCGCGCCUCCUCCGUGAGUCCGGCCAAAACCACGGCGGGCUGCCGGCGGCGUCAGGCCCAAGCGGACCGUAAAGCGGCUCUUCUGGAGGAACAAGCGCUGCUUCUGUCCGCACGCAAGCAGAGACUGAACCAGAGCCGCAGCCGAGGAGGCACGCUCUUCUCCUUCUCGCUGCACCUCCCCGAUCUGUCCUCGCUGCUGGACGACGACGGUUACCUGAGCUUCCCUGACCUCACCGAGCUGCGCUUCCUCCCCGAGAGCCUGCAUCACUUCAUGCCCAUCAAGUCUCCCUCGCUCAUCCCCUGCUUCCUCUUCAUCUUCUUCUUCCUGCUCUCCACCUCGUUCUCCGUGCGUGCGCUCACGCUGUCCUUCCCGCUGGCGCUGUGUCUCUGCUAUCUGGAGCCCAAGGCCGCGUCGCUCGGAUCGUCUCUGACGCAGGGCUUCCAGGACAGUUCAGAUGACGAGACCGACAGCGAUCAAACCGACUUCACUUGUGAUGACGACUCGUCGGCGACUGAGUCUGACUUUGAAGACAACUUGGACAUGAGGACACAGAUGUCAGAGGAGGUUAAAACCGAACCUGAAGAUGUUCCAGUAAAGCCGGAUCUCGCUGCUGAUGGUGUGGAGCAGUCGGAGGAGGCGCUCAAAGACGUUCCUGUGGUUCACACCGAGACCAAGACCAUCACGUACGAGUCUGCAGAGGUCGAAGCCGGCGGAGACUCGGAUGCUGGCGUCCUCUUGAGCGCUCAGACCAUCACAUCAGAGACAAGCACCACCAGCACCACACACAUCACCAAGACGGUGAAGGACGGUGUUUCAGAGACUCACAUUGAAAAGAGGAUCGUCAUCACCGGAGACGCAGACAUCGACCACGACCAGGCUCUGGCUCAGGCCAUUAAAGAGGUCAAAGAGCAGCACCCAGACAUGUCGGUCACUAAAGUAGUGGUUCAUAAAGAGACAGAGAUCUCCUCUGCUGACGGUGACGAGGAAUAAGAUCCAGACUGUGAACCAACACGCGACCUCUGACCUCUGACGAGAUCUUCAUCAUCACACCAUCAGCUUCACCCUCGUCGAGCCAAACCCGCGCUGAGAUGACGCACUCGCAAACAAACGAGGAGGAAAUGGGAUUUCCAGGAAAAAAAUGUUUGCCUUAAAAUGUUUAAAAAUAUUAAUUUCUGCCACUUGGGUUUAUUUAUGGUCCAGUGUGAAUCCACAGAAACACAUCCAGGUCAAACUGAAUCGAAACUCAUUUGUACUUGAAUCAUAAGCAUAUUUUUAUUUCAUCGGUUCUUCACAGUUGUUAAUUUUUGUGUUUUUUUGGGGGCACUAACUAAUCCUGCAUUAUAAAUGCAAAACAGCAAAAAAUGAGUAAAAAAAGCAAAAACAAAAGAAAGUUGGCCACUAUUUUAAGGGCUUUGUAAAACAGCGGUGUAUUCGUUGGACCAGAAACGCUUGAGUUUGGUACUAAACCCCUUCACCUUGACCUUUGACCUUUCUUAUAUUUGACCCCGAGAGGUCGUGGUGUUUUUAGCAUGUGUAACAGGAGAGGAUUGAACCAGCGACAAAAGAGCGAUAAAUGCAAUUGAUGUGAUUUUUAUUUUGGAAUAAAAUAUUGCUGAAAUCGA